UUGUAAAAAAUUGUAAUUGCUACUAUGGUCCAUUUACUGUAUAAUACCUGCAUUAUCUUGCCCAUCACUUGGAGCCCACACAACACAGGUAUCACACAACACAGGUAUCACACAACACAACACAGGUAUCUUGCCCAUCACUUGGAGCCCACACAACACAGGUAUCACACAACACAACACAGGUAUCACACAACACAACACAGGUAUCUUGCCCAUCACUUGGAGCCCACACAAGUCUGCUGAGCGUGUGAGGACAGCAGAGGAGGACAUGCAAAGAUGACAGUGGCGAUGUGGAAUGUGCACGCCACGUUACAGUCGGCGCUGGAUGGCAACGUGGCGAUUUCGACACCUCCAAAUGUGGUUAUGUCAACUUGUAUUGUUUGACUCCUCAAACAUGGAUAAAGAAAUGGAUUCUCAGAGGAGUGUGACUGGUGAUAGCCAAGCUGAAGUUGAGCUCUUCUGUCCAACCCCUGAGCAAGAUGGAGAUUGUUUUCUAAGCGGAGACAUGGCCUCCUCUCAGACUUUAAUGGACUCUUUGAGUGACUCUGGGCUUUCUAGCAUAAGAAGUAGCCCGGCUCCAACGCAAUGUUCCAACGGACAGAAAUCCAAGAGACCUACUUCCUCACACAGUCCUCAACCUGUGAAAACCACCGGUGUUGUCGCACACUCUCACAAUCCCGCCUGCUGCCUCAGUCCAAAGAAGGGCGUGGGUCCCUCCAAAGACGUGGAGAUGCCAAGUCCCGGCAGCCCCGUUGGUAAGACGCCGCUCGUCAGCAACUCCGCAAACAACCACGGAGAUGGCGCCAAUGCUGUUGUGGAAGAGUGUGGCUGUGCAGAUGCUGAGGGAGUUUGUUCUGAUGUUGGAAGUUUGGCCAACAUGAGGGCUCAGCGGGUUUCCAUGGGAACUGGUGAUGCCGGAAUGGCAGAUGGUAGCGACACAUCGGAUAUGAGUCAGGAUUUGAUUAUCAACCAGUCAACAUCUGAAAGGGUUUCAUCCCCUGCCUUUGACCAGAUUAGAGAAUGGCUUGGGACACCCAUAGAUGAGCUGAACAGGAUGCCCCAGUGUGCUCCACCGCUGUCCCACCUGAAAGCAGUGCCUAACCACACCGUUACAGUCAGGACAGAUCUACUUAGAGAGGGAGAGGUGCCUGUCCCCUACCCCGGCAAGUUCAAGGACGCGUGGGACGACGUGUCCGUGAAGAUGCCUUGCUCUGAGAAGAAUCUGUUUCCGAUGGACACGGAGGAUGGAGGUGGCGUUCAGAGUCGGUGGGAGUUAAUCCACUCCACCUUGCAAGGAGGGUUCAAAAGUUCCCUGGAUGUGAGGGAUGCUAUACUGAGGUAUAACACGGCACAUGCCAAGAAAUGGGACUUCACUGCUCUCAACCUUCUUUGCACUGAGUGUCUGGAGCAUUGUGAAGUUCAACACCUGUACGAGGUCGUACUGCCUUCCGUUGUCAAGAUGGCGCUCAGUGCUCCUCGCCUCUGCACUAUGCCCAUCCCUCUGCUGAAGUCACGGAUGAACCAUUCCCUAACCAUGUCUCAGGAGCAAAUUGCCUGUCUUCUGGCCAACGCCUUCUUCUGCACAUUCCCCAGACGCAACUCCCGCAAGUCCGAGUACUGCAACUACCCUGAGAUCAACUUUUACAGGUUAUUUGAAGGCUCCUCACCAAGGAAAAUAGAAAAGUUGAAAACACUCAUGUGCUACUUCAGGAGAAUUUCACAAUCCAGGCCAAAGGGUCUUGUGACAUUCACAAGACAAUCAGUGAACAAUCUGCCAACCUGGGAAAACUGCCAGACUCAGCUGACACGCUUACAUAUCACUUGUGAAGGCACCAUUGAGGAUGAUGGUUAUGGGAUGCUUCAGGUGGACUUUGCAAACAGAUUUGUAGGUGGCGGAGUCACAGGACAUGGUCUCGUCCAAGAGGAGAUCAGGUUCCUCAUAAACCCGGAACUCAUCGUCUCUCGUCUCUUCACCGAAGCGCUGGAGCACAAUGAAUGCCUCAUCAUUACAGGGGCUGAACAGUACAGUAGAUACUCAGGCUACGCUGAGACCUACAAAUGGGACGAGAGCUACAAAGAUGAGACUCCCAGGGAUGACUGGCAGAGACGAUGCACAGAGAUCGUGGCCAUUGAUGCUUUAAAAUACAAACACUUUUUGGAACAGUUUCUCCCAGAAAAGAUGAACAGAGAGCUCAACAAGGCAUACUGUGGAUUUUUCUGUAACAUCGCCAACAGAAAGCACCUUUCUGCCGUAGCCACUGGCAACUGGGGCUGUGGUGCUUUCGGUGGAGACACACGGCUCAAAGCGCUGAUUCAGCUGAUGGCUGCUGCAGAAGCUGGCAGGGACGUGGCGUACUUCACAUUUGGCGACGCUCAUCUCAUGCGAGAUGUUCACGACAUGCACACUUUCCUGACGGAGAGACAAGUCACUGUGGGGAGGCUGUACAGUCUUUUGAACCAGUACUCCAAUUUGGUUUGCAAGAACUGCCGCACGACGAGACCUGACGUCAGUCUCUACGCUUUCAUCUACCAGAGGGUCUCUUCCCCUGCAACCGCCGAUGCCUUGGACUCUGCUAAGGAUUCUGGGAUGUCCCCUGUAACAUCAGACUCUCAUUAAAAGAAAAGGAGGAUGAACAUCUUAUCAUCUACUUUGAUAAGACUCCAGGUUCGCAAGCCUCAGUCGUGUACUUACAAUCACUCUUACAAACAGGCCCUUCUAGGGUGCGUUCACACUUGCUAUGUUUGGUUUGGUCAGAGAAAACUCUGUGUUUCUUUUACUCUGCCAGUACGUUUAGUCAAGUGUGAUACGAAGAGAUGAAUUAGUCAAGUGUAAUACGAAGAGAUGGAUUUCAGUGAACUCGUUUGAAGAGAGCUCCAUUGUGAACGUUACAGGGACCAGAAGGCAUGCAGAAAUGACCAACUAAUCUAAGACCAAACCCUCUCUGCUCUGUUGUCUCUCUGCAUAUGUGACAACAACACUCUAGAAAAAUAUUCUCUAAAAGCUUUUUGUGAGUAUUUAUCCUAGGAACAGCAUUUUUGGUUAAAAUGCUUGAGUUACACCUAAGGCUGCAACAAUUAAUUGAAACAAACUUCGAUUUAUAUUCUGUUGUUUUGAUUAAUUGUUCAGUGAGUGUUACUAAUAACAAUCAAUCAAAUCCGGAUCAAAUGGUUUAAAUAAGCAGACAUUAGUUUCUGUACGACCGCUGCAAUAGAGCGCACAUGAGAGCGGUGGCAAGGGUGGCGUGAUCUAUGUGGAGGCAAACAGCUUUUUUUCUUACCAACACCUGUAAAAAGUGCAAUUUCAAUGUUGUUGAUGUGCAGUUAUUAUAAAAUAAUAAAUGAAGGUUAUGGUAAGCCGAAAAUUUUUUAUUUAAACAUAUUUCUUUAAAUAAGCAUUGAGGCUAUUGAGUGGGUUUUAUCUGAUUAGUUGAAUAAUCGAACAAACUAAACAAUAGAUUAUUCAGUGGUGGGCCGUCAGGGCCAGCUAGCCCUUCUCUGCUAGCCUAACAUAACCAGAAAUCAUGAUCAUAAUUAAAGAUACAAUUAUUUUUUAAUUUACUUUCCCUAAAUAUCUAAAAAUAUUCAUAUUCUCUUCAUGUCAUAUUAUGCUCCUUCCAGUGCUGUUGUUUUUAGGUUAGAGUUUUUGUCCAAUCAGAAUUCAGCUACCUUAUGUUGUGUAAGGCCUAAGGCCUUCAGAAUCAACAAUGCAGGCGUCUGUGCACUGUAAGUGAACGGACACAUAGAGUUGAUAGACAAUUGCGAUAGCCAAUCAGAUCACGAGUUGUUGUCGGUAAGGCCUUCUAGCUGGCCUCACGUUGAACAUGACAUUUACGCGUACUGUGAUUGGAUACUCACUUGGGACCGUUAGUGGUUGAGUUUGAGAACACAGAGUUGAUAAGACAGUCGCGAUAGCUAAUCAGAUCACAAGUUGUUGACACUAGCCUAUCUAGGUACCAUGAUGUUAACGAGACUGUGAUUGGAUACACACUUGUCAUUCCAAAGUGAAAAUCCAUUCACAAGUUGCAACUUAGCAGGAAGUGUUGACCCACAAAGAAGGAGAACAAAAUGUUGAUUAGGUGGCAGAUAUAUAUUUGCAAGGCCAUUUUCAAAAAGGAUAGAGAAACUACAUCUUGUGAGACCAUGUCGGCGAUGAAAUGCCCACCAUUACCACUCGAAUCAACCGACUACGAGGGGUACCACUGGCUUAUACGGUGUCGAAUGGAUGCUACAAAUUGUGAGUUCAAAUAUUGAAUUUCUUUAUUUUUUUCACGUUUAAUAUGUUUUUUGCAAUUGUAAUUUUGACAGUACCACAUAAGAUAUGUUUUAAUUGCUGAUGCGGGUUUAUUGAUUUUUAAAUGCGCCAGAAAAUAACCCGUUUUGUACACUGUUCAGGUGAUUCAAUGCCCAGUAGGGCGUAAAUUUGUUCCUGUAUAGUACCGUAUUUUUCGGAGUAUAAGUCGCUCCGGAGUAUAAGUCGCACUGGCCGAAAAUGCAUAAUAAAGAAGGAAAAAACAUAUAUAAGUCGCACUGGAGUAUAAGUCACAUUUUUUGGGGAAAUUUAUUUGAUAAAACCCAACACCAAGAAUAGACAUUUGAAAGGCAAUUCAAAAUAAAUAAAGAAUAGUGAACAACAAGCUGAAUAAGUGUACGUUUUUUGACGCAUAAAUAACCAACUGAGAACGUGCCUGGUAUGUUAACGUAACAUAUUAUGGUAAGAGUCAUUCAAAUAACUAUAACAUAUAGAACAUGCUAUACGUUUACCAAACAAUCUGUCACUCCUAAUCGCUAAAUCCCAUGAAAUCUUAUACGUCUAGUCUCUUACGUGAAUGAGCUAAAUCAUAUUAUUUGAUAUUUUACGGUAAUGUGUUAAUAAUUUCACACAUAAGUCGCUCCUGAGUAUAAGUCGCACCCAAACUAUGAAAAAAACCUGCGACUUAUAGUCCGAAAAAUACGGUAUUUCUCCAGCAAUGGUCAUGUGGUGACAUCAAUGAUGGUAUUUUGAGAGGUAAUCCUUGAAGUCGGACAUCACUGAAGGCCUAGGUGGGAAACGCACGGCCCGCCACUGAGAUUACUCGAUUACUAAACUAAUCGAUAGCGGCAGGCUAAUAUAACACAAAAGCUGCCCAAUCAAGUCCUUUACUUUAUGGGGGUUCUUUACUGUACAGCCUUUGGUCCAAAGACAAAAAUACAAAGCGAAAAUGCUCACCAUCUAUGUUUCACUAUUUUUUAAAUUGGUUUAAUCACAUUUAAGAAUUUGGAUUAUUUGCGAUUAAUCACAGUAAAUUACUUGCUUACUUUAUUAAAAGCAACCUAAAUAAAGACCGAAUGCAAUUGUAUUGUCAGAAUGUCAUGCAGAGCCAUUUUUAAGUGAUUUAUUUGAAUACAUUGCAUUUAUUUGAACAAAAACCUAGUAACAGUUUUAUCUCAAGUUCAGUCUGGGUUUAUUUUGAUGUGAAAUUUGCCAACGAGCACACCAUUUUGCACGGAUUUAUGCCUUGACCUGAUCACUGAGCAUAAAACAACCCUUUUAGAUGACCAUUUUAGGUUACACUGAAAUACCUUGUACGGUCUAAAUACAUUGUGAUUAAUCCGAUUAAUGCAAUAUUAAUAGUUAUCUUGUUAUUUUUAAAAGCCCUAGUUUAUAUGGUUUAUUUUUUAGUCGAGACCCUAGGGCUGCAACUAACAACUAAUUUGAUAAUCGAUUAAUCUGUUGAGUAUUACUUCGAUUAAUCCAAUCCAAUCCACUUUAUUUAUAUAGCACAUUUAAACAACAAAAUGUUUCCAAAGUGCAGCACAACGAUAUUAAAAACAAUAUUCAAAUAUUAUCCUUAGCUCCACCAAUGACUGAAUAAAAACAAAAAAUAAAUACAUAUAAAACCAAUAUAUAUUAAAAAAAAACAAUUUAAAAUAAAUAUGAUUAAAAAUUAUUUUAAAGGGUAAAACCAAUUAAAACAGUAAAUAGAAAUCAACAUUUUAAAAACACAGAGGACCACACAACUUACGUAGUGUUAAAAGCCAAAGAUUAAUAAUCGGGUAAAAGAGACAAACUACAUUUCUAUCCUUUCCAGUAUUUUAUUGAAAAAAACAGCAUACUGGCACCAUACUUAUUUUGAUUAUUGUUUCUCAGCUGUUUGUAAAUGUUGCAGUUUAUAAAUAAAGGUUUAUAAAAAAAAAAAAAGUAGCCUCUGCGCAUGCGCAUAGCAUAGAUCCAACGAAUCGAUGACUAAAUUCAUCGCCAACUAUUUUUAUAAUCGAUUAGCUGUUGCAGCCCUAGACUCAAGAACUGAACCACAAGUGUGAACGCAGCCUAAGUUUGUGAUCCCAACAAACAAACUACCAAAACACAGACUUGCCUUUUCUCGCUGGAGAGCCUUCUAGUAGUAUUUGACAUUCAUAGCAAGAGUAAAUCCUUUUUACUGUUCGUCCACAGUGUUCACUUUUUGCUCACGAAAGGUUGAUGAACCCCAGAAUGUCCCUUUUCCAAAGCAUAUCACCAACUAGACUCGACUCUCCACCCGAAAACCGAGCCACAUUGAACGCAUCAUCCAUGAGACGGGCUGAAAAAUCAAAAACAAGACCGGUUUCUUCUGUUUACUUUGUACGUGGUGUCUUAUCGUUGUCAUUUCUAGAAAACGUUACAAUGUCGGAUAAGAAAAUAAGAAAUUAUUAGAAGUCAUGGAAGUCGUACUUUGUACUGUCCAAUGGAAAAGCUGUUUUUCCCAUGCGUGAUGGUACACACAUUUUCAGGAUUUGACAACAUUAUUAUCAGUAUAUUAUUGCUCUCUUGUCUUCUAUUUAGCUCAAAAGAAGCGCUGAGUGACUGAGAGGCGCCACACACUAGUCUAUGCAUGGGUAAUAAAUAAUAAUCAUCAAAUUAUUGGGCACAUUCCGUAUAUGCUGCUCUUGUAUACCCUCUCAUUUUCUUUUCUUUUUUUACCCCCAACACUCGCCAUUCAAAACCGUGACUGAAAUGAAGAGUUUAUUGUUUAUACACCACUUUUUUCUAAAUUAUUAAUUGCUGUAACUGAUGGGGUGUGCAGUAUAGACACUAUUUAAUGGUGCUUUGGUUGCAUAUAUGUUGACACCUGUGUUGCUUUAGUACUGUACUGUAGAGGUUUCAGUUGCACUGUUUUUAUCAUUUCUUAAUUAAAACAUAUCCUGUUCAUAUUGUAUUUCUCUGUCAUUUUCUCU